UCUACCGUUUGCGUUCCGUACGACGCGAGACGUCAACAUGCAGAACACGCGGUUCUUAAACUUACGCCAGACUCGAUAUCGUUCUGUAUAAAGCUUACUCUACAAUAUAUUCUUAGGUAUUUAUUUACUGAUACGUAAUUGUAGUUAAUCCAUUAUUUUAUUUAUUUCUUGCACCGAAAAAUUUAGUGUCUUCUAUUUUUACACUAGUAUAUAUAUUAUUAUAAAACAUUGAUGGUGAUAAACGAUCAUAGUGGGUGCGUAUAGUGUGUUAAUUUGUACUGUUAAGUUACGGAUAACGUUUUGAUGUUUUAAAUAAUUAAGCGUAAUCUGUGAAUUUUCUAUCAAGAACGGAGAGGAGGUACCGCCUACAGGCUCGAUUGAAGAUAAAAAUAAGAUGUUUCCUGGUUAUACACACAACGUGACGACCCACUGAAGAGCAGGUCUCGUGUGUGGCUAACGUUCCAGAAAAGAUCUAACUAUGUCGGUGGCGUCGAGAAUAACUGAUUUUUGCAUUUUAUGAUACCUGAGCCGUAAUUUUAUGCCUGAGCGUUGCAGGAAAAAAAUGGACAAAGAGUUUUCAGCGGUGUGGCCACCUUGCGGCAUGACAAGGAGAGAGAAAGAAAAAAAUUAGGGAGUAGGAAAAACAAAUUCCUCCUCGGAAAUUUUCUCCAGUGGUGAUUGUGACUAUGCUAAUUGUACACUGUAUUCGGAUUCUUGUUGCGUUUCCUGUGUUAGCUGCUGUACUUGAUGAAGUAAAAUCUAAAGAGUAUUUCAACCAGUCUCUUGAAUUUGACCGCAGAACAAAAAAAAGUCCACAUCGAAGCCAUCGCCACGAUCAUUAUUUUUCUUCGCCAUUCAACCGUCAAAGUUUUCACGGAAGAUAUUAUCCAUAUUCGCACAACGCUAACCUCAAAUUUGAAGCUGGCAAGCGACUGCUUCCAAGACAAAAUAAAGAACUACUUGAUCACGAUUUCAACCUGAUGCACAACAUAGGACCUGGUGUAGACUGCUGCCCUUCAGUUUUAGAAAUGAUCGAACCAGAAGGUGGGAAAAAUGAUAAAGAUAUAUAUGUAGAGCUCUAUAAAAGUGAUACUUAUAAACAAAGGUUUUAUGAGCUUUCAUGCCACAAAGAUGUUCUAGAUAAGCCCUGCAGAUUUAUGGAUAAAAAACUCCACAACCAAUCAAGAUGUGUGCAAAUGCAUAGCUACACUUAUGCACUAGUAAAGGAUACGCCAGACAACAGAAACAAAAAGUUUCCUACAUUUCCUGAUGGAGGUUUUGGAAAUAGUACUUACACAUUAGAUUACAUUAGUGUUCGAAGUGGUUGUAGUUGUGUAGUAAUGCCAAACAUUUCUAGGAAAAAAAAGAAGCAUAGAAAAAAAGGAGAGCAGUAGACUUACUUAAUAUAUAAUGUGGAAUAAAAGAUACUAUUUUUUUAUUUACGAGAUAUGCAGGGGUUAAGCGGGUGGACAUUAAUUUAUUUUUUCUUAAUGUAAAGCAGCGUCCAAGCUAGCCGUUCGGCGCCGAACAGAACGUUCGCGAACAUAUAUGUAUUAACACAGAUAUUAAGUCAAAAUUGUGAAAUAGGUAGAUUUAUAAAUCCAACAAGUCCCGCUAGCCGCUCCAUCUGAACGGCGUGCACUUUGGAAGGGUCUCGUUUACUUUCAGGCGCCCAUCAGCGAUUUUUAUAUUUUAACCAGUAUUCAACAAUGGGAGAUGGAGACGUUGGUUAAAAUAGGAUCGUGAAAAAGUUUUACAAUUAAUUUGUUUAUACAAAGAAAACAUUUUAUAAUUUUAAUUUUAUUGUGAGUUGAGUUUGAGUGACUAUGCAGCUAGAUUUCGCCCAUAUAACUCAUUUUUAUUAAUAAAGACCAUUAUUAUUAUUUUUAUUAAAAAACGGAAUUAUGGGAUUCUGAAAUUAAAAUGA